AUGGCUCCCUCGCAAUGUCUGCGGUCUAUAUCCUAUCAACAGCACUCGUGCUCCUCCUGCUUUCGAACGGAUAUGCGACUCCGUCCUUCUGUGGAACUGAUCCUCGAGCGCGAAGUGCCCUCGGACGGGGCGUCCAUCUGUGGGAAAGAAAUCCCCGCCGGGACAGUAGUCUGCAUCAAUGCGUGGGUUCUCCAUCGAGACCCACAAGUUUUCCCUGAGUCAGACGCGUUUGUGCCUGAGCGCUGGCUUCAGAGCUCCCCGGAAGAGCUGAAGGAAAUGGAGCAAAAGCUUCUUCGCCUUUGGGGCUGGAUCGCGGACUUGUAUCGGAAAGAACAUUUCGCUCAUGGAGAUGCAGAAUGUUGUCCAACAACUGCUGCGCGAAUUUGA